GACGUUUGUCGUAGAAGAAGAAAAUAGGCGGAAGUGCUUCGAUGACUGCAGUAUUUAGCGGUCAUUUGCAAAGCAGAAUGCUUUCUUUCAAUGGCGUUUUGAGUGCCCGAGUUCGUUUUAUUUCGAACUCGUUCAGUACCACACGUAUGGUUGCCACGCGACCUGGAGCCCAAUGGAGCGUGUCAUGUUUGGGCCGACCGAGGGGAAAUCGUCGCCAUGCUGUCAGUAGGUCAUCGCUUCGCCUGAAACUCAAGGUGCAGCCUCGCACUCCAUCUUCUUGUCUUUCUACCAGGGCCCAGUCCGAAGAUGAGAACCUUAUUUACACGGGCAGCCUGGGAACUGCAGUUCGUGGGGUGAAAAUGUUCUCUUACAGCACCAGUGGAGCCAGUCUCUUUCUCAUGCCACAGAUCCUCUUGAAAACAGGACUCGGAGUCCAGAGCGUUGCCCUUCAAAUGGCUUUCUGCAGCAUCAUGGGCUUCUUCACCUUCCUCACCCCUGCGCUCCUCCACUUCAUUACCAAGGGUUACGUGGUCCGUCUGUACCACAACCCAGACCGGGACACUUAUACUGCCGUAACCUACAGCGUCUUCCUAACGGAGCAAAAGACGGUCUUUCAUCAGAAGCAGGUCAGUGUACCAGCUGUCAGCAAGAUGUUCACCACCUUCUACGCCGACAAGACGGGGCUGCUGGUGAACCCCGACAUGUUCGUCCUCCCUCAGGAUUACAACCACCUCAUGGGCUAUGACAAGCCCUUCACCUUCAGAACAGACUACACGGACAGGCCGUGAUCUCAAGUACAGCUGACGGCUUCAAAUGGCGAAUGUGGCGUUUUUGCUCAUCUUCCCAAAUGCAAUGCAAUUUACAGUGAAUACAUUUUUGGCACCAACAAUUGUCUGUUAUUUGAUCAUCUUUAAUCUGUUUGUAUUUUUUAAUUUCAAAACAAAAGUUGUAAACAACUCAUUUUUGUUUUUUAAAAUGCUAUUUGAACCUACAAAUAUGUUACAUGCUAACACCGGGACCCCCUCUUCGCUAUGACCUUAACAACUCAUCCAUUGAACUUGUAACUCCAUGGAGCUUCUGUUAGUUUCUGGUUAUCUCGUUGAGGAUUUACCUGCAAGAGUUGCCGUUCGGAGGUAUAUUGCCAUCCGUCCUCAUCGAUCUUCCUUUUAGUUCUCAAUAGGGUUGAGUUCAGGGGUUGAUGGUGGCCAUACGAUGGGUUUUCUCCCCUGUAUAGAGCCAGACCUGCUUAAGUUUCAGUGGUGUCUUUUCUAGUGUGGGAUUGUUUGUUGUCGUUCACCAUUUAUUUAUUUCUUUUUAAUUUUUACAUUGUUUUUUUUUUUUUUUAAACUGUGUGGAAGUCAUGGUUGUGUUUUUAUACCAUGACAGGACAUUUUUUCAAAUUUAGGGUACUACUGAGCCCUCUGCAAAUGUGUGUCCUUGUGAGCAUUGGUUAGUUAGGCUUUGCAGAAAUACAGUUUUAAGCAUGACUGCAAUCCUAAGCGGGUCCUGCAUGAAGAGGUUCUUCAGACUCCAGAGACACAAGCAGGCUCAAAUCUCGGGCCCGCAGUGACAUGAAAAUAUAUUCCGUAAAAGAGAGCGCGGUGCCGGAACCAAGCAAUUGAUGAACAAGUGAAGUUUUGAUGCGUUAUCAUUUCAUACACUGACUUAACACCAAAGUUGUAGUAGGGAUUGAACCCCGGUCCCCAGAACUGUGAGGCAGAUGUGCUAACCAGUCGGACACCGUGCCGGCAUAAACUUUUCCAUGAUAUUCACAUUUUUUGGAAAGGGUCUGUAUGUUGUUUUCCAAUCUUUGUUUACUUGCACAAUAUUCAACCUCAUUAACAUCGUACACAGAAAAAUAAAAGGGGGUUCACACACUC